AUGACGUUGCCAACUUCCCUUCUCGCAAUCCUCACCCUCGCCUUGGGCGUAAACGCACAUUUCCGCCUCGUGCAACCCAUCUGGCGCGGCUCUUCCUUCGAAGAACCAGCCAGCCAAUGGAUCUAUCCAUGCGCAAACGUCAACGAGACAACUUCUGCUUCCAACCGCACCCUCUGGCCCACUACCGGCGGCUCUCUCAUGAUCAAUGGCUCCCACACUCAUGCACUAACUUCUGUGAAUCUUGCCUUGGGCUCCAAUGCAACGAACUUCAAUAUCACGCUGGUUGAAAUGUUCAACCAGACAGGAGCAGGCAUGUUCUGCUUGAAGGAAACCGGACGCGCAAACCUUGAAGAGGGAUUCAAGGCUGCGGGCUACAGCGGGAUGGAGGAUGAGAGGAUCGAGGGACUGAUGGCGAGUGUGCAGGUCAUUCAGUUGGGACAUAGUGGGAGUGCUCUGUACAAUUGCGCAGACAUCAUGUUCAACUCGACCGCUCAGCUCCUCGCCGAUGAUCAAUGCCAGAAUUCCACGGGCGUAGGCGGUGUUGCGAUACAAAACGCGGAUGUCAAUUCAACACCCGGCGGACCGACUUCAUCGGGUUCAGCGGCACCAGCGGCAAGCAGUGCGGCUGCAAGUGUGUUCACCCCAGCUGUGGGAAGCGGACUGCUGGCAGCGAUGUUGGCUUGCGGACUUCUCUAA